CCCAAACCGUGUGUAGAAGAGAGAGAGAGAGGAGAGAAAUAAAGGGGAAGAAAGAAGAGGAGUGAGUUGGUAGAACGACUACCGAGUCGGGUUGAACGAGUUAGGAGUGACCAAUCUAAACAAAACAAAAACCACACAUACAGGAGGGUCAGUAGGUCUGGUCUGGUCAGUCAGGCAAAAACCAAACUUGGGCUUUGGGUCUUUCUUUCUUUCUUUCUUUCCUUCUUUCUUUGUUUUUGGGAUUGGGGGGGUUUGUGUGGAAUUAGCAAAAUGGUGAACACCAAGAUUAUUAGCCUUCUUCUCUUCUCCUUUACCACCACCACCUCCUUUCUCUCUUUCUCUCACAUUACCCUAAAUACUCCAAACUCUUCUAUCCCUAACCCUAAUUCCCCUAUAUCUCUAUAUAUCCAAAACCAGACUCCACCCUCUUCUUUUCGCUCACCCAAAACCCAAUUCUCUUUCUCUCUCGUCUCUCUGGGUUUUGCUUCCUCUCUCCAAAGGUCUACGCUUUCUUACAGUUUUGGGAUUUUGCUGCACGCCCAAUUUCUCAAGGAUUUUCGGCAUUACUGGAGUACUUGGUUGGUGCGGUUUUUUUCUUUUUCUUUUCGUACUUCAUGUUUUGAUAAGUGGUGGCAUCACAAGAACUGGUCUAUAGCAACAGUGCCCCCUCACAAGAACUGGUCUAUAGCAACAGUGCCCCCUCACAAGAACUGGUCUAUAGCAACAGUGCCCCCUCACAAGAACUGGUCUAUAGCAACAGUGCCCUCAUGGAAGAGUUUAGUACUCCUAGAUUGGAUAUCAGCAAUGCUGUGAGAAAGAAAAGAAGUCAAACCUUUCGCCGACCUCGACCUGAUUCACAACCAUCACCUGAAAUUCAUGAUCAGUCGUCGUUGUCAUCACGUUCGGAUGAACUGAGCAAGGUCUCCAGUGAUGAGAAUGCUGGUUGUGAUACCAAUUCUAAGCAGAAAGAAUUGAGUCUUAAUGAAUGUAUGGCUAGAGUUUCUUCUGCUGGGGGUAAUGGUGAAAAGCCCCACAUAAAAGAUAGGAAGGAUAGAGGGUUCAAUUCAUUUUACAAUAAUGAGCCGGGACGAAAUGGGAUCAGUAAUAAACGCUCUAGCGAAGGUGUCCUUGCUCCCGCUAAUUGGAAAAACACAAGCACAGUGAAGGAUGGUUUGAUAUCAGAGUCAAGAAGUGCAGGUGCAGCUAAUGGUGGGCAUGGUGGAAGUCUGAGUACUAGGCUGUCAGGAUCAGAUGGAUUUGGAAAUGAGAACAAGGUUAAAAAGGUCAAGCUCAAGGUUGGUGGUGUGACCCAGACAAUUCAAGCCAAUUCUGCAGUCAAUGGUACAAAAGAGGAAGGGUCUUCAAUGAAGUUGUCUCGAUCUUCAGAUGUCUCUAAACCACGGCAGAAGCAAAAUCUUCUGUCAAAUUCAGAUGGGAAUCAUUCCCCUUUAGAUAGGAAGAGUGGUUUGAAAGGAAUUCCAUGGAAGGAUUUCUCAAGAAGUGGUAUUAAUCUUGGGAAGGAUCUGGAUCAGUCUACAAUGGUUCGGACGUCCGGAAAGAACAGCUCUGGAAGGGAAGGAGAUAGAUCUGAGCCAGUUCGUAAGAGCAAGCGUGUACCCAAGAGGCGUGUACUUGAUGGAGAGUUUGGAGACGAUGAGGAAGAUGAUGAGAUUCGGUAUUUGGAGAAACUCAAAACAUCUAAGGUUACUGGAGGAUUUAGAGAAGAAGAUGAUGAAGAGUCGAGCAGGAAACAUAGAAAACUUUCUGUAGUUUCUAGUAUUGAUAAUGGUGGUCCAUCAAGGUCAGGCAAAGACCUAAGGAGGAAGUCAAGACCUGAUAGAGUAUCAGGAGACGCUGAUUAUGAAGAAGAAGAUUCAUUAUCUGAUGGUGAGCUUGAAGGUAAAAAGAAGCAGAAGAAGGAAGCUGUUGAGCCUUUGUUAGAUGGUAAGAGGGAAAUAACCCUCACAACACGUCAACGGGCCCUUCAGUCGAGCAAAGAUGCCUCUUCAUCCCCUGGUUCAAGCUUAAUUGAAUUUCCGAAUGGAUUACCACCUGCACCACCUAGAAAACAAAAAGAGAAAUCUACGGAAUAUGACCAGCAGGUGAAGAAAGCUGAGGCUGCUCAGAGACGAAGAAUGCAAAUUGAGAAGGCUAAUAGGGAAUCUGAGGAGGAGGCUAUUAGAAAAAUACUUGGCCAAGAUUCUAGUAGGAAAAAGAAGGAAGACAAAAUAAAGAAGCGCCAAGAAGAACUGGCACAGGAGAAGGCUGCUAAUGCUUUGGCGCUUGCAUCAAGCACCAUCAGAUAUGUGAUGGGCCCAACAGGAACUACAGUAACAUUCCCAGAUGAUAUGGGUUUCCCCUGUUUAUUUGACCCUAAACCUCGCGGUUAUCCUCCUCCGCGUGAGAAAUGUGCGGGUCCAUCAUGUAUGAAUCCCUACAAGUAUAGGGAUUCUAAGUCAAAGCUUCCUCUUUGCAGUCUUGGGUGCUACAAGGCUGUCCAGGAAAAGACGCAAGCAGAAACUACCAGCUAAUGUUUGCAACAAUCUUGUUCUGUCCUUUAUUUUUCAAGUCUUUGGUGAUCCUGCAGAUCUGGUUGAUCACUCUUGGUAUAUAUUCCGGGAUCGGUGGAGAAGAGUUGAUUCUUAACUAGGUGCGAAGAAGUUCAUACAAGUACAGAUUGUUUUUCCGGCUGCAAAAUAAUGUCUCAUUCAUAUUACUGUAGUAGUAUAAAAACAAUCUCCUUCAUAGUUUAUGAUAAUGGUAGUCCAUUGGUUUUGGAAGGAUGGGACUAUGGGAGUGGCCAAAGAUUAAUUUUCUUUAAGUUUACAAAAGAAAAAUAAUAACAAUGUACACUGGUUUAAUCAAUUACAUACAGUCGAGAAUAUAUUUCUCUGCUACAGUAUGUUGAGGGGUAUAAAUUAUACAACUGUAAGCUCUAAGCCGAAACAGAUUGAUUGGAAACAGGUUUAUCAUUUAUUA